AUGGUCAUGAACACCUCUGAUUUCGCUGAGGAACCCCAACUACGAACCUGUGUUAUGAACAAAGUUGUCUGGAGCAACAGCUAUGACACAGAAAAGACAAGCUUUGCCAUCAUCGCGAUAAUCCUCAAUGGUCUUAGCAUGCCUGUGAUAAUUCUCAUGAACGCGUUGGUGGUCGCAGCGGUGAAGACAACACCCAGAUUGCGAACAAAUUAUAACUUUUUGUUGGCUUGUUUGGCAGGUACAGAUCUGUUGGUAGGAAUUGUUGUUCAGCCAAGUUUCAUUGCCGUACAAAUUAACGUUCUAAGGGGAAUAUCUUUGGAGCAAUUCUGCCAACACGAAAAAGAGUUUUCUUACUUCGCUAUCAUUCCGAUUCUCUCAUCUUUUUAUCAUCUCACCCUUAUAAGUGUUGAGCGCUUUGUAGCGAUAAAACACCCCUAUCGUUACACCACUGUUUGUACUAAUCGUUGCCUGAUUACGGCAGUCGCCAUCUCGUGGGUCAUGACUUGUUUGCCAACCGUACUUCACUCUCUUGACGAAAGAUUACAACCGAUAGUCAGAGCUUUUCGUGUUUGUUUUUCGAUGUUUAACUUUUUCGUAAUUAUAUUCUGUCAUAUUUCGGUUUACUUUGUGUCGCGUCGACAUGAGUGUCGGAUCAGAUCGGAGCAAGUGUCACUGCAAGCCGCUGCUGACUUUGCCAAGGAGAAGAAAGCUUUGAAGACAACUAGAAUUAUUAUACUGACUUUACUUUUGUGUAUUCUGCCUCCUUCAGUGUAUGGUUUGUUUUUGCGCAUCUUCUCCAACAGCAGUAAUUAUAUUGUGACAGUAGUACAUUUGAGUCAUCCUGUCGUAUCAACUUUUAAUUUACUUAAUUCUGUUUGUAACCCGUUCAUAUACUGCUAUAGAAACAGGACAUUUCGGGGCAAAUGCGUCAGGUUGCUGAAAUUUAGAUGCACAUAUCAAGGCACCAAAGAAUAGUGACUCUACCUACGUUUGUGAUGGAGACAUCUUAAAAUUAUUAAACUUUGUCCAAGUGUUGUUUUUUUUGUCUUUUUUUUUCUGAAGAGUGAAGGUGGUUGCCCUCAGUUGAGACGUUGUGUUCUUUUUGGGGGUUCUUGAAAGUUUAAAGUCCAAGUGAGGGCUGUUUCAAAUUAAUAUUUGAUCACUCUACUGAAGGUAAAAGAUUUAACGCACUUCCCAUAUCAGAAAGGAAUUCAAGGUUGAAAAAAAUUUCCUAUCUUGACACGAAAUAGCCAUAAAGAUAUCUUUGUAACCCGACGCCGGUAAAAUAUGCGUCCCAAUUGGCUGACUUACUCACCAACUAUUGGCUCAUGAAUAAGGUGUAGAAAAUUAAGGGUAUUAGCAAUUACACCUGUGUUUCAAUAAUUGUGCAGAUCUCUGGGAACUAACACUCAGUAAAUUUUUUGCGUCUGCCAGUGACAUCCAUAAUUGAUUUCUCGAAAGGCUUCCGAUUUGGUAAAGAAAUAAGCUGCCCACUUGUAUUUCCGCUUCUCAUUCUUUUCGGAAUGGCAAUUGAAAUAACACUCUAAGUGAAAUACGUCUUCAUGCUUUGUGGAAAGUUACUUUGCAAUGUGCGACCUUUUUUACCUUGCGGUAAUUCAAACACGGUACCGUCAGAAAUGGUACUUGAGAAUACUUUGCAAAAGUCCUAUUAUUUCAAUCAAAAUGAGAUUUACAUUGUGAAGUGCGAUAUGGUUCGUGUCUCUGAUUGGAUGAACGGUUUAUUUUCGCAAUCGUUCACUUCCAAUCUUUAAAAUGUGUCGAUCAGCAAGAAAAAAUCUCAGCAUAUAUGAUUUAGAAACAUCAUAUCUUGGAAAGUGCUUGAACGAUCACUAUUUGCGUGUUGCGAUGCAUCAAACGACGAACGAGUGAGCGCAGCGAACGAGUGAGUUUUUGAUGCAUCUCAACUCGUGAAUAAAGAUCGUUCGUGCGCACUUUGUGGAAUAUUCUCCAUUAAAUGCGUCGUGGGGUGAUACUUUGUUACAGUGAGGUGUUGUUCUGUUUUUGAUUUAUUGUCUGCUUGUCGAAAGUUGAAAAUAUUAGCUACUGAGCUACACUGUAAAUUUAAGAUAAAAUAUAUUCAUUUACAUAUGUAUGGGACAAAGUCUACACUUCACGAAAAAAAUUUGUUCAAAGUAUUAAGCAGUCAUCUGAAGACGCAAGCUUGCAAACGUUUAUUUAAGGCGUUUCCGUAAAUGUAAUCAUACGCUCCGCAGGAAAAAGUUAAAUUUACCGAGAAAUAUUCUAAUGUAAGUGGCAGCAUUGGGCUAUUUAUAUGAGGAAAAAAGUCUUAAUAAGCCGCAAACUUACCGCAGAGGCAGAGGCUCAUCAUGUGCCUUUGUUUAUGCGGUGUUGGUGAAGACAUCACUUAGAUUGCAAACAAAUUAUAACGUUGUUUUGGUUUGCUAG